GGAUGACGAUGGUGCUAUCAUCAAUAUCAUGUUCAACUGCGUGUUUUCCUUUUACUACUCAGCUCCAACCCCACCCUCUUGUUAGCCUCAAACCCUAUACCCUUCCCACCCUUAGAGCUUCUACACCGUUACUCUACUCUACCAGACAAGCCUUUGACGCCGUCAACAUUGCCGAAGAUGUCACCCAGCUGAUUGGAAAUACGCCAAUGAUAUACCUCAACAAAGUUACAGUAGGGUGUGUGGCAAAUAUUGCUGCAAAACUCGAGUCUAUGCAGCCUUGCCGAAGUGUCAAGGACAGAAUUGGCUAUAGUAUGUUAUCUGAUGCUGAAGAGAUUGGGGCAAUUUCUCCGGGGAAGACUACUUUGGUUGAACCAACAACUGGAAAUACUGGACUUGGCAUUGCUUUUGUUGCAGCAACAAAGGGGUACAAACUUAUAGUCACAAUGCCUGCUUCCGUUAAUAUUGAGAGGAGAGUCCUUUUACGUGCAUUUGGUGCCAAGGUUGUUUUGACUGAUGCUGAGAAGGGGCUAAAAGGGGCUGUUGACAAAGCUGAAGAAAUUGUUCGCAGCACACCCAAUGCUUACAUGUUUCGACAGUUUGAUAACAUGACUAAUACAAAGAUUCACUACGAAACUACAGGGCCGGAGAUAUGGGAGGAUACCAUGGGUAAUGUUGAUGUAUUGGUUGCUGGGAUUGGAACUGGUGGCACUAUUACUGGCACUGGCCGUUAUCUGAAAAUGAUGAACAAAAAAAUACAGGUGGUUGGGGUGGAACCUGCAGAUAGAAGUGUAAUUUCAGGAGACAAUCCUGGUUUCAUGCCAAGCAUUUUGGAUAUCAAACUGCUUGACGAGGUUAUCAAGAUUACCAAUGUUGAAGCUGUUGAAAUGGCAAGGAGAUUAGCUCUGAAAGAAGGCUUGCUGGUUGGGAUUUCUUCAGGAGCUGCAGCAGCUGCUGCCAUAAAUUUAGCCAGACGGCCAGAGAAUUCCGGGAAACUUAUUGUGGUUAUUUUUCCCAGUUUUGGUGAGAGGUAUAUUUCUACUGCCCUCUUCCAUUCUAUCUAUGAAGAGGUUUUGAAAAUGUAAACCUCCUUCAUGAGGACAAUUGACUUUCGGAGAUUGCAGCUGCUCUCAUGGAACCGCCAUUCAAGAAAGUCCUUAUGCUUGUAUAGGUACACACACAGUUCUUGGAUAGAAUCAGUAUCAGAAGACAAAUUGGGCUUCCGGAUAUUUUUCUAAUCUUUUGAAUUUAUGCAUCAGAAGCACUAUUUAUUUGUACAAGGCACAGUUCUUGAAGCUGAGGUGGACAUGAAGCAAAAAGGGGACUAACUUGAUGUACAAUGUUUUUUUCUUUUUGCUUUUUUUUUUUUACUUUUGUUAUGGGUGAUCUAGUGUGGCCUUCCAUUCUAUUCUUUUCAUAUUAUUCUUCACCUUUCCUUCCCCACCUAUCAAUGAUGAACAAUAUUCCUAUGUUUUAUCAGAUUAUUGACAUGUUUUCUAUAUACUGUUAUCCGACAAUGUAUCAUAUAUAUACAAUACAUAUAUGGAAAGCAUUAG